UUUUAAUCCCAACUUACGUUAAGUACCACUGCAUCCCUAGAGAACCGUUAUAUGAAAGCUUUGCAGAAUGGCUGAAAUAAAUGCGCUCAGCUGCGUUGGACAGGACGAUGUCGUUUCCCUGCGCAUCCUGUGCACCAUGGAUCGCGAUGGCAGGCAGCUGAAACUCGAGGAAGUUGACUUGUACGGAAACACGGCCCUCUUGAAAGCCUGCUAUUUGGCGCGAUUUGAGUGCGCUCGCACGCUGCUGGAAUUUGGCGCAAAUGUCUUUGCUAUGAACUACUUUGGCCAAAAUGCCCUGACUUUGGCCACUCAUGCUGGCCACUUGCCUCUGGUUAAGGAGCUGUUGCGACGGCGAUCCUAUAAGGAUUUCAAUCUGUCCUCGAUGAUCCCGGCUCUCUGUGUAGCUACACUGCAAAAACAUUCCGCCUUGGUGGCGUAUUUCACUCAAUUGGACCCAAGAAGCGUACAAGAAACUCAGACAGUGCAUGGUCUGGGAGUUGCAGAGCUGCGUGGCAUAAUUAAAGCAGCUGGCCGCUUAAAUAAGCAUAAUGCGCGCUCCCCUCCCACUUUCAUAAACAAUCGUCUGCGUUAAUAUAUCGUAAUUUUGUAAUAAUUUAUAAAUUUUAUGUUUUUUUAUUCAAUAUAUUCUGUGAACAGUGUGAACAUAAA